AUGGCAAGCAAUACCACUCACAACGAUCAUCCACUUACAGCUUCGGCGCAAGAUGAACCAUCGCACAUCGAUGAAAUCUUGGCUGAGGCUGAUGAGGCCCAUGAGCAGGUCCAUGAACCAGCCGAUGAAUUGAAGGCAGCGCCUAGUGAAGAGGACUCGCACCAUGUAUCCUCGGAGUUGUAUCAUUAUCUCUACUUCGAAGAUAAUGAUUGUUUCUUUUCGACACACUUCUCUUAA